AUGCAGUCCCCCCCCGGCGAAUCCUUUAAACCGUCGCGGCAUAGUAAUUUCCUUUACUGCCCGUAUUACCAUUAUCCCCCGUAAGCUUUCAGCCGCCGGUUAUCCUUUCAGAGACGUGCUUCUUUUUUGUUUCCACCUCCAUCCACUAGCUGGUCGAACCUGCCCGUCCAGGAUCGAUUUUUAAACGAUGGAAUCAACGAUGACAAAUAUACAGGAGCUCACCGCGGCGGUCGAACCGCUACCACCCAGCCAUCCACGGUCCCGUCAGGCACUAAGGACACGGACGACCAGCGAAUACCCCAGUCCUAUCGCAGCCGGGAUUUCGUGAUACUAAACCGCACAUCCCCGAGAACGCGAACGGACUUCGAGUUGCUCUACAAUCUCCUUGACCGUUGGCGAGUCCGCGAGACAGAGACCGCAGCGAGUGUUCCGGUCUCGGAGCCCUCCAGGACCACCGCACAGUUCACCGGUCUAAUACUGUCGAAGGAAGUCGAACUGCUGCGAGCCAUAGACUCGUUGAAAACGUCCGUGAAGACGUCCCGGCGGGAACGAUCCUACAGAAAGUUCCUCGACGAUCUGUCCAGACCGGUCGUUUGGAGGAAUCGUCGCGGUGAACCGAUCCUCGUCGACACUCCACGUGCUCGUCGCGCCAGAAGCUUCAGAGACAGGUUCAACCUAUUGUCCAGAGAUGAUCAAUCCACGGAGGAACGAGUGGAGGUGCUGUGUCAACUUCGAAGGGACAUCGAGCUACACACAUGUAAGGUUUCUGAUAGUGUGGUACAGUUGGUGGAUCAGGAGAUCGAUCUUUUAGCCAGGGAUGUGGAUGAAUGUAAAUUGAACUGGUUGAGAAGUAGACUCAGGUUAGCCUUUUUGAUGUUCGUCCGAGACGCAUUGGCUACGGAGUUUGAGGAUGUCAGCGUAAUCAGCUGGUAUCCACGCAGUAGAAAGAUUUGCAGAAGCUGUGGUAGGUUGCUGCCAAUAGAAAAGUUUCCUGAAGGGAAAAUACGUCGAUCCUCUUCCUGCAAUUAUUGUUUGUACGUUCAGGCAAGAACUGUGCCCAGAGUCGUCUAUGGACCCUACGAGUGUUUGCUUCGCGAUGUCAGGCGCAGCGAGGCUAGGAUGCGUUGUUACAGUAGCAUCGCUUUUGUUAUCGACUCGAGGAUCAUUUACCAUCUGGUGAACGACAUCUGGCACGGGAAAUCGGCGAUCUCCGAGAACGAUCGUCUGUCCGAGCUGAGAUUUGUGAGGUUCCACAGGGACGUCGAAUGGUCACCGUGGAACUGUCUUUUGUUGACGGUCACGGAGGCAUUAGUUCACAGAAGGGUCGACGAACCGGAGAAGUUUUACGGGCCGAUGAUACUGCAGAAGUUUCACACGAGGAAUCUGCAGGCGAAAGUUCAGUUCGAGUCGGUGGCCAACGUCGCGAGGAGUCGCGAGCGAAAGAAGUCGCGAGACUGA